GUUUAGCGUGCGCGAGUUGUUUUGUUUUUCUAUUUUAUGAGUAUUUUUUUGUUAAUUGCCUGGAUUUACUAUGAAAAAGAAAAUUCCCUAGGUACUUUUUCAAAAGAUUUAUUGAAUGUUAGCUGGGUAAUAUGGCCGUGUACGCCGCACACUUGACUCGCACCCUCCAGGGUACUCCGUCGAUAUUCCAAGUCACUGCCCAGGAGGCCCUCGGUUCCACAGUCAAACCAGCUCUGAGGAAACUGGUUGAGUACCUGGCAGCUGUGUACCCAGAUCAGUGUGAGUGGUCGGUACUGUGGUUCGAUGAAUUGUACUUACUCCUCGACUGCUGCCUUCAGUACCACUACCUCAAACAUUAUGCUGCAUCCUUUUCGGAAAGCUUCUAUGGUUUACUGAGAGUACCAUUAACGGUGAGCAGCGAAUUCAAUUCUGGCCACCAGAGGCUGCCAGACACAUUAGAAAAAGGUUCCUUGGCCUUGCUUGUGUUGUUCCCAUACCUUAGGGAUAAAGUUGAAAAAAUAAUUGACAAUUGGAGAGAAGACGAGGAGGAUGGGAAACUCGGAAAGAGCACGGGCGACAGGCUGCGCGUGGCCGCCGUCAGGGUAUACAGCGUAGUGCACGUGGCCAGCGCCUGCGCCGCACUCGCGCAGACGGGCCGAUACCUCACCGGCGCUACUCCCUCGCCCACACUCACACUGGCGAUACUAGGGCUCACACUGAGAGACGCACCGCCCCAAGAACCGCCCGAUUACACCUACGCGGAACUUAUCAAGGCUAUAUUCACGGGAAGACUGAGACGCGCGAUGCUCACAUUCCCCGUGGUGGGGGCGGGGUUGCUGCGAGUUGUUGAAUACGGCGCCUUCCUCGUACAGUUCCUGCGAUGGUGGGACUCCGCCCCGCGACACCACGCCGCCAUGCCUGUACCGCCCCCGCCACAAGUCAGUAUAUAUCUAUACGCACCACACUACACUAUAUACGGCGCCUUCCUCGUACAGUUCCUGCGAUGGUGGGACUCCGCCCCGCGACACCACGCCGCCAUGCCUGUACCGCCCCCGCCACAAAAAAUAGAGCGAGACGAGAAGUGGGUGAACAAGUGUCCAAUAUGUUUGAACACGUGGCGCAUUCCCACCGUGCUGCCUGCUACAGGGUACGUGUAUUGUUACGUGUGCAUAUCUCGCGCGGUAUCUGCGACCGGCUCCUGCCCCGCCACGCGCUGCCCCGCCAGCCACGCCUCACUCAUCCGGCUCUAUCUAUAG